CGGCGGCCCCGGGGCUCCAGCAGCGCCCGGCCGGGAGAUGGAGAAGGGCAGCGGUUCCCCCGCCGCCGGCGGGAGCUGCCCGCAGAAAAACGCCGAGAUCCUCAGCAGCCAGUACGGCAUCAACCUCUUCUUGGCCGGGCUGCUGCUCACCUUCGCCUGGGCGGUGCACGCCGUGGGCAUCAGCAAGAGCCACCUGCUCUCCUACCUCAUCACGCUGAUGCUCAUCCAGCUGCUGUGGAUGCUGUGGUACCUGUGCAGGAGCUGCACGCAGAGGAGGCUGAUCCGCGACAAGGACACGCAUGCCGGAGCCCGCUGGCUCAAGUGUGGGAUUACUUUAUUUGCAGUGAUUACUUUAAUUCUGGAUUCUUUUAAAGUUGGAUACUAUAUUGAUUUUUCAAACUGUUUGUCACCAACUGAAGGCAUUUUUCCUGUUACACAUGCGGCGCACACCAUCUUACAGGUGUACUUUCUUUGGUGUCAUGCAAAGGAUAUUAUCCAGUCUUUCAAAACACUUGAAAGGUUUGGGGUUAUCCAUUCUGUGUUCACAAAUUUACUCCUGUGGACAAAUGGAGUGUUAACAGAGUCAAAACAUCAACUGAAUGAACAUAAAGAAAGACUAAUCACACUUGGUUUUGGGAACAUAACAAUAGUUUUAGAUGACCAUGCACCUCAAUGCAAUUGUACAACGACAACUCUCUGUUCCAUAUUUUCUCAAGGAAUAUAUUACCUAUAUCCCUUCAAUAUAGAGUACCACAUUCUAGCAUCCACAAUGCUCUAUGUCCUGUGGAAAAACAUUGGUCGCAAAGUAGAACACCACCAGCAACACAAAACUCCAUUCAAAUUCCAUGGCAUAACUGUUGGGAUGAUUUUUGGACUAAUUGUGUUAACUAGCACAAUAGCAGUAGUCGUGGUGUAUUUAAUUCAGAUUGGACGUUCAAAAGUCAAAAGUGAGUUAGCACUUACUAUGUUUUACCUCCAUGCUAUCUUUGUAUUGGCUCUCAUGUGUACAGCUGGAGUUGUUGCCCUUCUAAUCUACAGACUGGAGGAUAGAUCAUUGGAUAACUCAAAAAAUCCUGCUCGAAAACUGGAUGCAGAAUUGCUGGUUGGCACAGCUGCAGGAUCCUGGCUCCUCUCCUGGGGGUCAAUCCUAGCAAUUAUCUGUGCCCAAGCUCACCCCAAAUACACGUGGUAUAACCUCCCCUAUUCUGUCCUUGUAAUUAUUGAGAAAUACAUUCAGAACCUCUUUAUCAUUGAAUCCAUACACCGUGAGCAGGAAAAGGCCAAUGAUGAUAUUAAAACACUUCGAAUAGUGACUAUAUCUCGGGGGAGCACUUUAUCACUUACCCCCUCAUACAAGGAGAUUUACAACGGCCGAGCCACCUGUGACAUCGGGGAGUUACCGUGCCUGGUUAGCAGCAGCAUCUGCGCCAGAGAAAGUGACGGCAGUGGCAGUGCCAACGAAGAGACAAAUCAGGGUAACAGUCCAGUCAUGCAUUCAGCCUCAGAGUUCUCCUUCUAUAGCAGAAGCUCAGUGGCUGACAACAAGAGGAGAAUUCUCAAGAACAUUGCUGCUUUUUUAUUCCUAUGCAAUCUUUCGCUUUGGAUACCACCGGCAUUUGGGUGCCGCCCAGAGUAUGACAAUGGACUGGAAGAAAUAGUCUUUGGCUUUGAACCUUGGAUAAUUGUUGUGAACCUUGCAAUGCCUUUUUCUAUUUUCUAUCGGAUGCAUUCAGCUGCCUCACUCUUUGAAGUCAAUUGCAAAACAUAGGUCGUAUACAGUCCCUCAGUGAACAAUUGAUUGAAUAAUUAAUUAAACAAAUAAGAGAUGAAUGAGUGGAUGAGUGACUGAACAUAGCCACAGCUGCUCAAUUAAUAGAAGAUUCAAUACAUAUUUCUAAAAGAAGGGACCAUAGCUAAGAGCAAGUAAUAUUUUUUAUUUUCCCUCCAUGAAUUUCGUUAUAUAUGUAUUAUUACUGCCAAGGUAGACUUUUCAAAUUCAUAUUAGUGUCAACUCUACAUAGUAAAGUUAAUUAAAUCUCAUUAAUAUUUGUUUAGGUCAUCUGAGAUUUGUCCUCUAAAUAAUUGGUAUUGCUUUAUUUUCAUUCAUCAUGGCCUGUGAAAGUGGUUAAAAAAAUUCUGUGUGACUUAAGAGGGAAAAUCCCAAGGACUGCUAAACUGAGUGAUGCUUCUGAAUCACAGACUCUGAAAACUCUUAAUUCCUAGCUGCAUUUUUAUAGUAAAAACACAAAAACAUGUGCUAUUUAGUUGGGAUGUGGGAAUUACAUUAAUCUUUCUGAAAAGCAAUA